UCAAACUCUAUAAAUCCAAUAGAAAAUAGGACCCAAAUUUAUUGUAAACUUAAUAAUAAAAAGGGAGAACUCCACGUUUUUCUUCUCCCCUUUCCAGGAAUCAUCAAUAGGCUUUAAGAAUUGAGGAGUCUUAUUGUUAUUCUCAAAGAAUGAACAUUUACUAACACUUCUAUUUGAUCAAAAGAGCCUUCUUUGAGAAUUUGAACUAGAGAUUAACCCCUACUUUAAUUUCCUCAAAGAAAAUGAUAGUAAGAUGGUGGGUAACAACAUUCCAAUUGACAGAGCUGUUUGUGAGUUCUUUAGUUCAUUUGACAUAUGGGCUUUACAUAUUCAGCACAGCUGUUGCCGGUGAUCUUUCCCAAACUCUGAGCAAUUGUCUUUUCAAGUCAAAUUUGGAAACAGAUGAUACAAAAAAGACUAACAGUGAUGUGCCUCCUAUCGUGCUAGUUCAUGGAAUCUUUGGUUUUGGCAAAGGGAGACUGGGAGGACUUUCAUAUUUCGCUGGUGCAGAGAAAAAGGACGAAAGGGUUCUAGUGCCAGAUUUGGGUUCGCUUACUAGCAUUUAUGACAGGGCUCGUGAAUUGUUUUAUUAUUUGAAAGGAGGGCAGGUUGAUUAUGGGGAGGAACACAGUAAGGUUUGUGGGCAUUCCCAAUUUGGAAGAAUUUAUGAACAAGGACACUACCCCGAGUGGGAUGGAGAUCAUCCUAUUCAUUUUGUGGGGCAUUCAGCUGGAGCACAGGUUGUUCGAGUCUUGCAACAGAUGCUAGCUGACAAGGCAUUCAAGGGUUAUGAGAAUACUUCAGAGAACUGGGUGUUAAGCCUAACAUCAUUAUCUGGAGCACUUAACGGGACAACCAGAACAUACUUUGACGGAAUGCAACCUGAAGAUGGGAAGUCCUUAAUGCCCGUAUGUUUGCUCCAACUUUGCCGCAUUGGAGUAAUAAUUUAUGAGUGGCUUGAUAUUCCCUGGCUGAAGGUCUAUUACAACUUUGGCUUUGACCACUUCAGUAUGUCCUGGAGGAAAAGUGGUAUCCGGGGUCUUGUUGAUUGCCUUUUAGGGAAUGCCGGCCCAUUCGCUUCAGGAGAUUGGAUACUUCCAGAUCUUACCAUCCAGGGGUCAAUGAAGUUGAACAGCCACUUACGUACAUUUCCGCAAACAUACUACUUCAGCUAUGCUACCAAGCGUACCACGAAAGUUAUGGGUCUUACAGUUCCUUCUGGUGUUCUAGGGAUACAUCCUCUGCUAUUCAUCAGAGUCCUGCAAAUGAGCCAAUGGCGGCAUCAACAAGAUGUUUCUCCUCCAUACAAGGGCUAUAGGGAUGAAGAUUGGUGGGACAAUGACGGUGCUCUCAACACCAUAUCUAUGACACACCCUCGCUUGCCGGUUGAACACCCGAGUCACCUUGUUGUAAAAGAUUCUGAUUGCCAGCCCUUGCAACCUGGCAUCUGGUACUAUAAAAUUGUGGAAGUUGACCACAUUCUUUUUGUUAUGAACCGGGAAAGAGCUGGAGUUCAAUUUGAUUUGAUCUACGACAGCAUAUUUGAGCGCUGCAGGAAGCAUGUCUUAAGAAAGACUCCAAAGACUCCCAAACCAACAUUCUUCUAAUCUUUUACACAUUGGCAAAUAUCUAUUUCGCCUUUGAAAUGGAUUUUAAGGUCAAUGUCUCUCAUUGUUCUUUUGUAUGUAAUUGUUAUUACCUCCAUUGGCUCGUAGGCUUUCCGUGGGGAAAUGUAAGUAGAGAUUUGGUCCGUUGAACUGUCAAAAAAGAUGAAUUUAGAAUUCCAAAAGAAUACAGAACUUUCUUCUUUGACCAUGAA